AUGAGUUCUUCAUUGAUGCAGGUUCAAUCCGAAAAACAGUUUCAUGAUCUGGUGAAGAAGAAUGAAUUAGUGGUGGUUUAUUUGAAAGCGGAAUGGUGUGGGGUGUGCACUCGAUUCGGACCAAUUGUAGAAAAAGUCUCUAAGGAAAAAGAAAAGGUGCUGUUUUUAGUUGUUGAUGUGGAUAAAUAUCCAACGAUUCCGAAAGAAUUGAAAGCAAAAGCAAUGCCAACCUUUGUAUUUUUGCUCGACGGAAAAGAGUUCAGUAGAAUUGAUGGAGCAAGCGAACAAAUGCUCCAAAACUAUACGGACACUUUAAUAUUACAAAAACAGCCGUCAUAUAUGGAGAAUGGAAUUUUACAUAUUGUCAAGGAAAAAGACUUUACUGAAUCUUUACACAAUCACUCAAAUUGUAUUGUGGAUUUUUAUGCGGAUUGGUGUCAACCCUGUAAAAUGAUAUCACCGUCGUUUGAAGAGUUGGCAAAAAAUACAACAGAUGUGCUAUUCAUGAAAGUGAAUGUGGACCAACUGCGAAAUUUAAUGACCAAGUGCCGUGUCACAUGCAUGCCAACUUUCUGUGUAUUUAAAAACGGAAAAAUGAAGGAACGAAUAGAAGGAGGAUCGAUUCAGUUAGUGAAAAAAGCUAUUGAGGACUUUUCACUAACCACAGAAGAAUAUAAGAAAAAGGAUCUGAUGGAAGUGGCAGUGGAUGACAAAUUUGUUAUGCAUGUUGACAACUUGAAUGAGUACGAAAGAUUAUUAUCUCAACACCCAAGGGUGGUUGUAGAUUUUUUUGCAGAUUGGUGUGGCUCAUGCCAACAGGCAGCCCCUAAGUUUAGCAAAUUGGCAAGUCAAAACCCAAAGGUUCAAUUUAUGAUGGUCAACUCUGACAAUGCCUCAGAAAUAUGUAGCAAGGAAGGUAUUUCUUCGUUACCAACCUUUAAAUUGUUCGCACAAGGAAAGGAGAUAAAAAAAUUAGAAGGGUUUAAUUUGACGAUGCUAGAGACUGGGAUUAAGGAUUUGAUAUCUUCUAAAAUAGGUACAUCGAAAACUAAAACAACGGUCAAUAAGUCACCAACAAAACCAUCACCAGGAAAGCAGACUGGCACUUCAUCAGCCCCGUCGCCGAUUAAGAAAGUUUACGAGUCAAAAUCACCUACCAAACCUACCAACAGUCCUUCGAAAGGAACAACCAAACAAGACAAGCCAAUUCCUUCAUCCUCGAUAGCAGCUUCACAGAAUCACACUAAAGUGGACGUUCUAACCUCGUCGUCUCCACAAAAGUCAGCAGGCUCAGCAGUGGUUAAACAAGAAGGUGCUACAAAAACAAGUAAUUCAAUUCUGAAAGUAAGCCCUUAUCUUUCUUCGAUACCACCCUACCAAUCACCUUCGAAAGAAAAAGUCAAAAAACAAAAGUCACCUUAUUUGAAUUAA